UGGCACGAAAUGGCAAGCAUUCAUUCCAAAGUUGUCAAUUGUAUAACUACAAACGUCAGAUCAACGUGCCACACGGCAAUAAAGCAAAAGCACAAAAUAAAACCGAGAAAAACAAUUCGUUCACAUUGUGUAACAUUCAAAACAUCAUACGGAGUUAGAAGAUUUCAAUAAGAAAAUCAGCAAUUCUGUUCGAAAAAAAGAAACAGUAGUCGAGUCUUUUUCGUGAAGUUCCAGAUAACAAAAAAAAAAUCAAUACAAAAUGAGUCAAAUUGUGAAACAAACCAGCCGCUUGAUGCCACAAGUCACCAAACAAGUGGCCUGCUUCUCCACCUCUUCGGCUCGCCUGCAAGAAGGAGAGACCUUUAAAGGAACCCUGAAACCUAAAAGUGCCCGCUUUGUGGAAUUCCAAAAGAAAUUGAGAGCCAAAACACCAUUGGGUAAAUUGGAUGAAUUCUCACGUCAUCCCUUCCAAGAAGUUGAACCCUUGAGACCAUGGCCCAACAAUGUUAACCCACACACCGGUGAAAUUGGCGGUCCUGCUGGUCCAGAACCCACACGUUACGGCGAUUGGGAACGCAAGGGGCGUGUAUCUGAUUUCUAGUCACCAUAUCAUUAAUAUAAGUAUUCCAACCACAUACACAUACCCCCCAAAAUACAUCAUCCCAAAUCCUAAAUUAUCAUAACACUUAUAGUUGUUAGUAAGAUAUACAUACAUACGAUAACAUAGAGAGGCACUUUAGUUUUUUUUUUUGUUUUUUUGUAUAAUAUUAAGAAAAUUGUCUAGCAUGUAAGUUGCAAGGCUUCUCAAUGACCUGAUACAGACAGAAAAUCGCAAAACAAAUUGAAAAAAGGGAAACAAAUCAAAUAAUAGCCUUGCUUUAGGGUUACUUACUUGUUCUUUUCUUAUUAUGCAUUGUUAAGUUGUGUUUUCAUACAACUAUCAUAAAUAGACUGCUGUAUUAAAUGUAAUAACUCGAAAUGAAAAGAAAAUAAAAAACCAAAAAAAAAUAUUUUAAAAAUAAAAAAACUAUUUAAAAACAUAA